AUGUCGAGCCAUAAUUCAACCAUCGUCUAUCCUGGCGUUCCUACAAUUGAAGAAGACCCGCGGGCUCGUAUUAAUGUCAUGAUUGACAUCUUCAACGCUGGCCUUUCAUCUGGCUCGGGCGGCAAGCUUGACAGAGGCUUGUACCAUGAGAUAUUCACGGCAUACAAGCUCGUCCAGGAUUAUAAAAUCAUGCAUGGCAACCAGAUCUCCAGACCUCUUACUGAUUCAGAGAAGCGAGAGGGUCUGAAUGGAAGCUCGCAAAUGAUCACUGUUCCCUUGCAGGGUAACAAAUACCGAGAGCUGGACAUGGUCUACGACGAAGACGGAACUACCUUCAUCGUCGAGGCCAAAAACACCAAGACUGUUGAUCACAGUCAGCUCCAGCCCAAUAUCCAACUGGCACAGCAAAUCCAAGGAGCCUUGGUGUAUGCGAUCGGUGAGAAGGAUGGUCAGGAACGAGCUCUCAAUGAAGCAUACAAAAAGCUCAAAGAUCAACACCAGUCGAGCAGUACUGGGAGCUUCCCUCCUCUCCACGUCCUGCGGAUUCCCGAUAAAGUCUCGAACAUCAUGGCGGACAACAAACCCAUGAGUCUACUAUCGCUUUCAUCCACGUUUCAGGUUUCCCAGUUCAACAUUGCUGAGGUAACAGGGGAGUUUAAUCAUGAGGAACGUGGUUUCUCGUUAUUUAGAUAG